AUGCUUUCUCAUUUGGUGUGGGACUUACGUACUAUAAGGGAUGCCAAUGGCAUACCGUACUAUCCAGUCAACGAAGAGCGAUCUGUUGGGAAUGGUCAUACAGGAAGGGUGGACUUCGGCUCUUGGGGUGGUGGAUACUCCGGUAACCUAGGAGCGCGAGAUUUUUGGUCACAAACGGUAGAAGGGGCGCGAAUUGGUAUGAGGGUAGGUAACCUGCAACCUGUUAAUUAA